AUGCUCAGGAGAGGGCUUGCUACGGCUACGAAAGGCCAGUUUACGGUGUUUGACAGAGCCACCAAGCUCAGACAGAGAAGUCGGGCGGCUCUAAAGGUGGAUGCUUCACGUAAAGCUGAUUACCUUAGAGAUGAGGUCUCACUUAGGACCAUUGAACGGUUGGGGUUUAUUCUUCGUGAGUUCCCCAGAGUGCUUGAUUUUGGGUGUCAUUCAGGCAAUUUCAUUAAGAGCUUGUGUACGCCGCUGGAGGUGCCGCCUGGCGGUGACCAGGCAGAUGUGGAGAUGACCAAACAGCUUAAUGAGGAUAAGGCUAAGAUCAGGAAUAAGAUCGAGGAGUUGGUCAUGGUGGACUCGUCGGCGAAGAUGUUGUUUAGGGAUGCAGACGAGGCGUUCAAUAAGGAGUUUUCAGGGAAGAUCCAGCGGGUGGUGGCGGACGAAGAGGCGUUUGAAGAUGAGGUGUUCCAGCCGGAACUGUUUGACGCUGUGAUUUCAAAUCUCUCGCUUCACUGGAUCAAUGACUUGCCGCAGACGUUGAAGAAUAUCAAUACGGUGCUUAAACCAGAUGGAAUGUUCAUGGGAACGAUUUUCGGUGGAGAUACGUUGUAUGAGCUUCGUACGUCGUUGCAGUUGGCUGAGCUUGAAAGAAGAGGCGGCAUGUCGCCUAGGAUGUCGCCGUUGGUGCACUUGAACGAUGUUGGGUCGCUUCUUAACCGUGCUGGGUUUUCUAUGUUGACUAUAGAUACGGAAGAUAUCGUUGUGGGUGGGUACCCAGACAUUGUGGCGAUGUGCCAGGAUUUGCAGAACAUGGGGGAGCAGAACAGUUUGAUUUCGAGGGCUAAUCACUUGCCUAAAGAUGUUUUGCUUGCUGCUAACGAGAUUUGUAAGAGUUUGCAUGGCGAGGAAGGGCCAGACGGGAAGGUAACGUUGCCUGCAACGUUUAACGUGAUUAAUAUGAUUGGAUGGAAGAAGAGCGACGCCCAGCCGCAGCCGUUGGCCAGGGGCACGGGCCAGGUGAACCUUAAGGAUGUGUUGUGA